GAUUACAGUUUCUAGGACGAUGUCCAAGGUGGGAGUUGCCCAGUUGCAGAGGCGGAUUGAUGGUUUGCUUGCUUUUCUCCAUCCCCACUGGGACUUUGUGAAUUGUCAUAUGGUGAAUUACUUGACGGACCAACAUUGGGACAAUUUUCUACCAGACGCUUUGAAAAAGGAGAUUGCAGGAAAGGAAGAUGUGGACUUAGCCAUAGAGCAUUUAUUUUGGCAAGGACGUGAAUCAAAGGACGCAUUCCCUGAAUGGAAAAGUUUUCUAGCCCAAGGGGAGCACGAACGUCUGUCGCUUCAUCCAGAGCUGUUGACGACUGUGGAGGAGCUCAUUGAGGGACAGGAAAACGCCGCUCAACUAAGCAUUCGAGAAUUUAUGAGUGCGAAAAAGUGUCAUGAGGUGGAGCUAACAGCCGCUUUGGUAGAUAACCUUGUUAAGAACUCGAGUCAGCCUUGCUGCAUUGUAGAUGCUGGCGAUGGCAAAGGCUAUCUCUCGUCCCGCCUAGCGCUCCAAUAUGACCAUCACGUACUCGGCAUUGACGCCAAUGCUGCCAACACAGAGAAUGCUCUGAGCCGGAAUCGUAAACUUCAGCGAGCUUGGAAUGGCCUCACGGAACGCGCAGAGCUGCAGAGUCAAGGCAUUACUCCCAAAAGGCGUGGUAAAAGGUCGGCUACCCGAGAUGUCCCAAAAAAUGCUCCUUUGUUGGAGAACUACAAAACUACAGCCAGAUUUAUAACGACCGAUCUAAAUUUUGGCGAGUUACUGGCCGAGCAAUUUCCUCAGCUAGCAGGUAUAGGCAAGCCCAAAAACAACAUUUGCCUGACUGGACUCCACACCUGCGGAAAUCUAGCUUCCACUUGCCUGCAGGUCUUCCACGCCCAAUCAGACUGCCGACUACUAUGUAAUAUUGGCUGCUGCUAUCAUCUGCUAAGGGAACGCUUCUCCAAACAGGAGUUCUUUGGCAACAAGGCGCUGAUGAAGCAAACUGACUUUGGCUUUCCCUUGAGUCAGUAUCUUCGGGAACGACAAGUCCGAAUGGGUCGAAAUGCCAGGAUGCUGGCGGCUCAAUCCAUUGAGAGAACCCUGGAUGCCAAGGAGUUGCCAAGCAUAACACUGUAUUACCGGGCUCUCCUAGAGAUUCUGGUUUGCCGCCAUGCGCAGCAUUUAAAAAAUGAACUGCAGGUGGGCAAGGUGCGGAAAAUCGAGGAUUUCCCGAACUACAUUCGAAAGUGUGCCUCCAAAUUGGAAGCUCCUUGGCUGGCCGCAAUUGAAGAGGCUGAACUUCAAGCUCUGCAGGAAUAUGCUAAGGAUAAGCAAUAUUUGGACCUGUUCUAUCUGCUGCGCAUGUCCUUUGCUCCGGUUCUAGAGAGUCUGAUACUACUGGACCGCCUGCUGUAUCUGAAGGAACUCGGCUAUGAGCGCAGCUAUUUAAUAGAUUUGUUUGAUCCUGUCAUAUCACCCAGACACUACGCCAUUGUUGCUAUAAAGCAGCAUCGGUCUUGACAUUAACAUCAUAAUCGGGCUCUAAGUAAUAGUUCAUUUAUGAUAAGCGUGAAAUACAUUUGAUACAGAAUAAUUAAUUGCCUUAGAUUAGCUUUAUAUUUGGCAAUGUGAUAAAGUUAUACUUGAAUAAAGCAUAUUAAUCAUGCUCUAUAUCAAUUCUUUGCCGUAGGUUAGUACGAUU